AUACGUUUGGUCCUCCAUCCGCGGGUAGCGCUGUUCCUUUACAAGUUUCCCUCCAAUCGUUUACUUUCGCGUCAACAAGUCUUUUCCGGUUCAGGGAAACGAGCGUGGAGAAGGUUGCUAGUAAAUAAACCGGACAGAGGUGCUCUUUUUGUUGUUUUUUUUCCCCCCCUCCUCCCCGGCUCCACCGGACCGAAGUGACCGCGGGUCUAGAAUUCGGACGCGCCGGUUUUGUGCUCCUUGCCCAGCAUGGUCAAGUGUGUCGUUUCCGGCUGUCCGAACCGCCUGCUCAACGGCAACCGAGGCGUCUUGAGUCGAGCUCCGAAGAGGUUCUUCCCGUUCCCCAAAGACCCGGCCCGGGUCAAGGUAUGGCUGGCGGCGUUGCGAGAGACGGACAAAAAAUGGGAAGUGGCGGAGCAGCGCUUUAUCUGCGAGGAGCACUUCCUCCCGGAAGACGUCACCGCGGACGGCGUCAAUGGCGACGCCAUCCCCAUCAUGCCGCCCUACCUGGACGGACCCCUGGGCGAGACGGGCGCCUGGGGGGCCGAGUCCGAAGAGGAGGAGGACGACCAGUGGGGCGGCGGCGGCGGCAGCGGUAUGGAGGAGGAGGAGGAAGAGGCGGAUGAAGAUGAAAGCGGAGCUUCUCUGCAGCAGGUCCUAAGUGAGACUGUGCCCAUUCCCCCCCAGGUGAAGCCCUCAAGCGAGCACCUUCAACCCAAAGAGGAUCCCCCGACACCGAAAACGUGCAGGAACGACGUGCUCCUGGCACCGCUAACGCGCCGCCUCCUGGAGCUCAUGCUGGCGUCUCCGGAGAGCUGGCUGGACCUCCACCAGGCGGCCGGCCGGCUGCAGACCCGCAAACGUCACGUCUACGAUAUCAUCGGCGUGCUGGAGAGCAUCAGCGUGGUCCAGAGGAGGUCCAGGAGCGUCAAGUGGACUGGUCGGUGUCCCGUCUCCCGCUUCCUGUGGAAGACCGAGGAGAAGUUCAAGGAGGAGCUGGAGAACCUCAAGCUGGAGGAGAACACGCUGGACGGCCUCAUCAAAAAGUGCGCUCAGCAACUUUUUGACAUGACGGACAACGAAGAGAACGCGACGGCGGCCUACGUCACGCACGAGGACGUGGGACGGCUCCCCGCCUUCCAGGAGCAGACGGUGAUCGUGGUCAAAGCGCCGGAGGAAACCAAGCUGGAGGUCCCGGCGCCCACACAGGACAACAUCAAGAUGCACCUGAGGGGCGGCAAGGGUCCCAUCGCGGUCAUGACGUGUGACUUGGGCACGGGCGGCGUUCCCGUCAAGGAGGAGAUGAGCGGCUGCUUCAUGACGCUGGACCAAAGUCGCAUACAGACGCAGACCUUGCUCAAGACCGCCCACUAGAGGAGAGGAGACCGUGUAUUUUUUUUAUUUUUUUUUGACGGACAAAUUUGUUGCUUUUGUAAAUAAAUAUUCACCACUGUAGCUUAAAAUAACAAGAACCGGGGUGUGUGUUUUUUUUUUUUUUUUUUUUGUCUAUUAUGAAUCAUGACGGAACAUGCUUUAACUUGUUGACGGCGAUGGACGUCCAAUCCCUUUGAACUAGAAGGAUUGGAUGUUGUAAAUAAUGCAAUGUAAUAAAGAGUAAAUAAUGAGUUCCUGGCAUUAAACUUGCUCAAAUACUACAA